UUGCGUGUAAGUUACAGAGAAUUCAGAAGCAGAAGCGAAACACAUGGGAUCCUUGGGCCCUUCCGUGAGCGCGAGCAUGGCCAAGUCCAACGGCGGCACGGCAGCCGUCGGAGGCCAGCAUCAGCAGCAGAAGCCGGAGCGCGGGGCGUUCAGCUGCAGCUUCCGGAUGCCGCUGCAUUACCCGCGGUACAAGAAGGCGGACUACGAGGCCAUGCCCGAGUGGCGCGUUGACUGCUUGCUUCGGGAGUACGGCCUCCCCAUCGCCAGCGACGUCCACGACAAGAGGCACUUCGCCAUGGGCGCCUUUCUCUGCCCGGCCAGUACUGAUCGAGCUCACCUUAAUUUCCACCCGGAUCAGGCCGAUCAGCAAAGCUAGCAGAGAAUGAUCAGCGACUGCAGCAGCAACGUCACAUGCCCUGUAAUGCAAUGUAAUGAAUGAAGGCCUCGUAUCAGUAUUAUAUUCCUAUACAUCCGUAAUCUAAUGGAAUUCGCCACUCAGAAAAGAGUGU